AAAAUAGUGGAUAUCUAAGAUCGGUUUAGGGUUAAAACCCAGUGUAUGUAUGGUUCUAUUGGCGAAUUAAGGGUCUUUCCACAACAAAUGUACCUCAAAAUCACAUCUUCGAAUUUAUAUGUUAGCGAGGAGAUUAAUAUACAUGAUUUGAUUCAAAAAAAUUCAGUAAAACUAAGGCCUAAAAUAUGUGGUUAAUAAAAAGGAUCAGUGUUAAAUAAGAUACAAGUAUUCUAAUAUAACAAUCAUUCAAAAACUAAUGCUUACAAUCAGAUCACAUUUGUCUUCCUCUUUUUACCAUAAAAUUGGUAACCAAAUUAAUUAUUGUUCAUAUACAGAUCGAACUAUUUAUGAGGUUUUAGGAAUAAAAAUUUGGAUAUUCAAAGACGAAGAAUAAAAAAAUUAAUUGUUUUUACAUUUUAUCCAACGAUAAAAAAGCGAAAACUAUGUAGUAUAACGUUAUAAAGUAAUAAAAAAUUGCAGUCUUCUUUUUUACGUUUAAGAAAAAAACUUAUUAUGGCUAACAUAAAAUACAUAUCACAUAGUGUUUUGAGUCCUUUGGUUAAGAAUUUAAGAUCAUUGAUCGGUUUAACUUGAUUAAUAAGAUGUUUAGGUUCAAUGUUGUAUUGUUAGCAUAUAAUUAAUGUUUUGGUUUGAUAAUUAGUUUGAGUUAUAAUUCCACAAGCCUGAAAGGAUCAGCAAAUGAAACAGUCCAUUAGACAGACAGAGUAUGGAAAGGAUCAAAUAAAAUGGACAAGAUCGGGAAUCAAGGAUAAAAGUUUGUCUCCUUUAAUGUCUGACAGUGAAUUACAAAAAAAAAAUAUGGAGAGAGAAAGAGAGAGAUGAAGCAUAGAAUCAAGAGUUGAUGAACAUUUUUGGUUUUGUGGGGAGAUUGAUCGCGUUGGAAAAUGAGACGGUCGUGAUCUAAGACAGCACUUGCGUUGGUGGCCUCAUCUCUAUGUCGGCUCAGCUUCAUAAACAUAUUACUUGGGAACUCCAAUUCUUUACUUAGCUCAUUGACAUAACUUCAAGUAGUAAUCAAAUGAAGUUUUGCAAGGAAAAUGUAAUAACUGAAAUGCAACUUUCCCUAACGUUUUUGGAUGUUAUACACCGAGUAUUAUGAAAACCAGCUACUACGACCACUAGAUUCAAAAGAUCACCUAAUUGUUGAGGUACGUAGACUCUAUAAGGUCGUAUACGACCCUCACCCCAUCUGAAAGUAUGUAUGUUGAUGCAGCCUGCAGAGUAUAUAUAUACUUGAUAUUAUAGUUAUUAAGAUAAAUAUAUAUUAUUUUAUUUAUGUAGUUCUAUUUUAAAUAUGAUUUUUAUAAUUUUAAUUAUUUUUCAUAAAUAGCAGUUUAAAACUUAUUUGUAUGAUCCAGUUUUCUUAGUAAAUAAUUUUUGUUUCUGAGAGAAUAAUAUUGUCUAUCUAUUGCAUUGAUAUGAUUAAGUCCAUCGAACAAAAAGUAAAUCUUUUGGUUGAAGUGGCAUGUCUCAGUCAAUUUAUUUGAAUUUAUUAGUUAAACUGUUUAUAAUUUCUUCCAUUCUAUUAUUAAUAUUUUUUAUAUACCAUUAUUUAAUUAGUUAUCUACUGUCACCAGUAUUUUCUAUGUAAAAAUUGAGUUCAUAUAGUGUGUUUGAUCGGAAAACGGUAAUAAAAGGAUGUGGGUUGAACAAAGACGUUUUAUUAUGGUCGGAAGAGACGUUCAGUCGGUUACAAGAGAAGUAAAGAGAAUGCGACAGAAGAGAAGCCGGCAACUCGACGAGCUACCGGAAAAGUACAGAUAACGGCAAGAUGAAGCAAAGGUGAAAACCCUAAUCUAGCCGCCAGGUGUUAGUCAAAUGAUUUCGGAUCCCCUUCUCGUUUCUCUUCCUUCUCCUUAUAUAGUCCUCUGAUGUGUCGCUCUUGACCUAGCUUAAGUCGUCUUCGUGGGCCUUCCUUAUUGGGCCGAGAGGCCCGCAUUCGUCCGAGCGGUCGCUGAGCCGGGUGCCUCUUAGUCGGCGUCGCUCGACUCGAGAUACUGUAGAGGCAAGCCGAGUAAUCAACCGGUUUAAGCCGACUGUUCGAGCCGUCGCUUUCCUUGGUCUGGGCCAGGCCUUCUAUUCUUUGGGCCUUGUGGGAUGAUUAAAUCCAUCCUCUACAGUAAGUCCCCCCAGUCCAUCAGUGAGCGGAGAGUCGACAAGCUCGUGAUGGAUUCUGGAACUCGAAGGUUCAAAGGAAUAGAAGUCCUGUCGGGAGAUUGAAACGAUGGGUCGAUGAGUCGCGGGAAGGCUGCGGUAAUGCCUUCUCUCGGAGUCGUCGAGUCGCAGGCUCCCAGAUUUUGAUCGGCAAAUCCCGGCUAAUUCACCGGUUUAACCGAUCUUAGGAUAACCGUUUGGUUAAUUAAGAUAAGAAGCCGGAAAGUCGCGGGAGUCGAUGGGGUUUUUUGGGGGAAACUCGAGGCCCGUUUAGGCCCAUUUAGGUUCAAUAAUGAUACCUCGAAUCUUUCCCCCUUUUUCCCUUCACGACGCUCUUACUUCUUUCUUAAAUCCGACGACUCGGCUUUCGAGGAGCCUCCUCGGGGGGACUAUCGGGUUCUUUGGAACCGUUCCUGUGGUAGAGUAUCUUGUCGCGAACUGCGUCUGACUUGGUUGUUUUUAAUGAGAUUCUCCUUUUCUUUUGUUCGCAGUUGGCCAUCCUACGUCUCCCGUCUACCCCGAGGAUUUCCUGAAGAGCGUUCAAGCCGUCGCUUUACUUAGAAUCUAUCGUUGGUCCGAGAUCACCGUCGAGAAGACCUACGAGUUUAAAGAUCGAAUUGCUCGAAGUGCGUUCUCUCGCCGUUUCCGGUAUUCUUUUUGGCCGUAUGGUUUACUUACCGCGUGCUGACAUCUUUGCCUUCGUUUUUUCAGGAGGGUGGAGGUCAGAUCUUCCGACAGCUCUUCCUAUUCGCAAGAAGAGAUUAGAAAUUUUCCCAAGAGAUAUCCAGAAGCAAGUCACCGAGGCAAAGAGAAUGGGAACUCUUCCAGACUUAAGCGCGAUGCUAGCUGCUCAACUGGGACUGGCUAGCGGGGGCGGCCCCUCGACGGCUGUCCCUCGUGCUGGCGAGGUUCCCCCUUCCGAUGCUGCAAAUGCAGGAAAAGGUAGGAAGAGGAAGAGAGGUAACUCGGGAGUCGAAGGGAGUGCCGGGGAGGCGAGUGGCGUCCCCCUCUCCGGUGAUCCUCAGAAGAAGAAGAAGAGGAGGAAGAAGACCAAGAGGUCUGUUGAGGUUCAGUCGGGGGAUCCCGAGGAACCAACUGGAGUUGAGGAGGAAGAAGAAGAAACCCAACCUGAAGAGGAGGUUUCUGAGGCUGAAGUCUCGAGAGAGCGAGACGAAGCGGGGGAAGCAGAUGGAUCUGAGGCUUCCCUUAACGCCGCCGUCCCGGAUGGUUCCGAUGAAGAUAGCGGAGAAUCGCCGCUUUUGAUGAGGAGGCACAACGAGGAGAUCGACGAUGAAGUACGAUCUCCUACUUUGGCGUUUCCUCGCGAGGGAACCCCGGCCAUUACUAGGGUUGGGGCCGUUCAGACCGGCACGUCUCCUCGCGGCUCUGCUAUCUUAAGGAGGGCUCCCGGGAUUAGCUUUCCGGACAAAGUCUCCUUCCACUACGAGGGGCCGGCCCCUCUGGCGUAUGUUCCUGAGAAGUGUGGGGAACUUCUUCGCCAACUCAGGGGGAGGGCGAAACCUCUACCUGCCGUGAAGGACCUCAUCUUUGGGAGUGAAUACGAGGAGGCUGCGAGGGCGAAGCUGCUGGUAAACGCUUCGAUCUCUCUCCCCCCCCUUUUUUGUGUUUCGUUACUUAGUUCUUUCUUACGAUUUUCAUCUCCUCGUUCGUUUAGGGAGACGGCGCGAUGAACGUCGUAAUCGAUAAAUACGACACUGCCCUGAAAGGAGUCUCGACUGAACUUGAGCUGGCCAAGAAAGAGCACGCAGAGAAAGAGGAAGCUUCUGCUCGUCAGCUAAGUACAUCAAAGGCUAACGUUGAGAGGCUCAAUGGGAUGGUCACCCGUGCAAUAGCUCGAAGAGAUGAACUCAAAGCCGAUCUGGUGGCGUCUCGCGGGGUUAUCCAUGAACUUGAGCUGAAGAAUGCCGAGCUCGAGAGCGAGAAGGCUUCGCUCGCUGCAUCUCACGAAAGAGAGAUGAAGCGCCUUAGGGAUUCCAGGAUCUUGGAAGUGACGAAGGAAAGAGGAAGGGUUGAAGCCGAGAUGUCUGCGAAGGCUAACCGUCGCUUUGCCAAGAUUCGCUCCAGAGAGGAACGCCGAAGUCUUUACGACAAGGCUCGGUUGCUUCAUAGCCAAGCUUUCGGGACCAGGAAGUGCCUUGAAGCCUUGAAGAGGGCUGGGAGCGACAUCUUGCAAGCCACGAUCGAUCUUUUCGCGGAGCAAGAGAAGAAAUACGAGCAGGAGGCCGAGGAGCUCAAGGUUGGCGAGAUACCCGAGGGGGAUCUCAUGCUUUCUCCUCUUAUACUGGAUUCCCAGUUUGUAGAUGCUCGUAUUUUGGCGAGUCUUGAUCCUUACGGGUCCAACACCGGUUUGAUUGACCCAGAGACCGCAGCAAAUCUUGUUACUCUGCCUUCUGAUCCAAUCGAUGGAUGCCGCGACGAGCCGACGCCUUUUGUAGAGGGUUCUUCGGCUGCGUUUGAGGGGGAGACGCCUAAUCGAGGGACCAACGCUGCUGAAGACGGUGCUCCUGUCCUCGUGCUCUCGGAUACUUCGGCUGAAGGAUCUCGUCGAGGUCACGAGGAGGUUGCUCGCGAGUCGAGUGUUAGGGCUUCGGAGCUUUCUGCCCUCAACGAUCGUGAGAGCGACCGAGAGGACUAGCGUCUCUUGUAUGUUGUUUUCUUUCGAGUCUUAUACGACUCGUUGUUGUAGCUUUUCAAACCUUUGCCCUUGAGGCUUUUUAUUUUGUUGUUUUCUCGCCGUCUUGGACUCUUUGAUAAUUUGAACUGAUUUACUUAACAUAGAUUUGUCUAUCAAAAUCGCGAUUUCUCAAGAUUUUGAAGUGACUCUGUUCGAGAUGUCGAAUCAUUAUAAUUUUAAACUUGUUAUGACUUUGUCUCGAUUGACCUCUUUAAGUCGCGACCGUUUGCCACUUUAAGUUUAAGUCGUUAAUUAAGAAUUUUCGACUUUGACGGUUCCGAGUCGAUCCUAAUGUAAUCUUCAAGCAUUUGGUU